AUGAGUCUGCAAGUGUCGUGGGUUCGAUAUAGAGAUAUCCACCUGCUGACCAUCGGUCGUUACACAUACACGAAUGACCAGCGAUUUCGUGCAAUUCACAACGUACAGUCGGACGAUUGGACGCUUCAAAUAAAGUAUCCUCAGCACCGAGAUAGCGGGCUUUACGAAUGCCAGGUCUCCACAACCCCCCACAUGAGCCACUUCGUGCAUCUGAACGUCGUCGAACCGAUGACCGAAAUUCUGGGAGGACCUGAUCUUUAUAUUGAUCGCGGAAGUACGAUCAAUCUUACAUGCAUCGUUCUUCAAAGUCCGGAACCACCGGCGUACAUAUUUUGGAAUCACAAUGAUGCGAUAAUCAGCUAUGAUUCUACGAGGGGAGGCGUUUCCGUAGUGACGGAGAAAGGUGACAGCACCACGAGCUUCCUAUUGGUGCAACAGGCCAAGCCGUCGGACUCAGGUCGAUACACGUGUAAUCCAAGUAAUGCUCAACCCAAGUCGAUCACCGUUCAUGUACUCAAUGGAGAGUAUCCUGCGGCAAUGCAGCAUGGUGGUCAAGCCAAACAACCAAGACUCUACUCACUCCUCCUCUGUCUGUGUCUACUACUUUACUAA